AUGAUACGGUUGGCUGUCGUCAGAUUAACACAAAGUGCCUCUAGAAGACAAUUUAUUCAACAUCAACAUCAACUUUCGACGUCAGUGGUUGGCUACGCAAAAAAGAAAGCUGAGAACAAGAAAAAGAGUCCACCAGCAGUUUUUUCCAAUCUGGAUGACAACACAGUUGUACAGAAUGCACUGAAAGAAAUUCAAAGAGUUGAGACUCUUCUUGUUGAAGAACUCACGAGACAUUUCUCACUGAAAGUUGACAUUCGUCAAUACGAAGAUAUUAUGGUAAAACUUGAAAAUAGAAAAGAGAAACCACUUUCUAUGGUCGCUCGUGUUACUUUAAAAUCGCCUCUGAUGGUCAUGAUGAAUUUUCAAGAUAAUCCAACUGCAAUAAAAGCUGCAAAACUAGCAAUCCAGAAAUCCACAUUAAAUGUGACUCCACAACAAGAAGGUGCUGUUCUCUAUGUAAAUGUGCCACCAAUGAGUAAAGAGCGAAGAGAGAAAAUGGCGUCUGAUGCAAAAGGACGAAUUUUGAACGAGUACAAAAAAGCUAUCAACGAGAUUUAUUCAACCAGUGAUAAAAAAUCAUCAGCUGAAUUUUCGACGAGACCGGAUGAAGCUAAGAAGACUAGAGAAGCACUUUUGACUAUGAAACAUGCCGCAGAACAACGAGGAAAUCUCAUCAUUGAGGAACGACGAAAGCAGCUCCUAAAACAAGUUGUCUAA